AUGAGGAACCACAGUACGGUCCCCGAGUUCGUCCUCCUUGGGCUGCCUGGUGAUGCUCACAUCCAGGCCUUGCUCUUUGUGCUUUUCCUGGUGAUUUAUCUUCUGACUCUCAUGGGGAACCUGCUCCUGCUGGGGGUGGUCAAGACUGAUCCUCAUCUCCAUACUCCCAUGUACUUCUUCCUGGGACAACUGUCCUUCCUUGACCUCUGCCACUCAUCUGUCACAGUGCCCAAGCUAUUGGAGAACCUCCUCUCCGUGAAGAAGACCAUCUCAGUGGAGGGCUGCCUGGCUCAGGUCUUCUUCGUGUUUGCCACUGGAGGCACCGAGUCCUGCCUGCUGGCAGUGAUGGCCUAUGACCGCUACGUGGCCAUCAGCUCCCCUCUGCUCUACGGCCAAGUGAUGAGCGGACAGCUGUGUGCAGGGUUGGUGUGGGGCUCCUGGGGCCUGGCUUUUCUGGAUGCUCUCAUCAAUAUCCUUGUCGCUUUGGAUUUAGAUUUCUGCGAGGCUCAGAAUAUCCACCACUUCAGCUGUGAGCUGCCCUCCCUCUACCCUUUGUCUUGCUCUGAUGUGUCUGCGAGCUUCACCACCCUCCUCUGCUCCAGCGUCAUCCACUUCUUUGGGAACUUCCUCCUGAUACUCUUGUCCUAUGUUCGUAUCUUGCUCACCAUCCUGGGCAUAAGCUCUGCCUCGGGGAGGAGCAAGGCCUUUUCUACCUGUUCCUCCCACCUCACUGCAGUGAGCCUCUUUUAUAGCUCGGGGUUGCUCCGCUAUCUAUUGCCAAAUUCGGGGUCCACUCAAGAGCUGGUCUUUUCUUUGCAGUACAGUGUCAUCACCCCCAUGCUGAACCCCCUCAUCUACAGCCUGAACAACAAGGAGGUGAAGGCGGCUUUGAGAAGGAUGCUACGAAGAUAUUUGUAG